CCUCAGCUAUUUCAUUUGACUUCUCAUAAUUUCUUACACGACAAGUCCAAACAGUCUCUCUUUCUCCCUGAAAUUCUCAAGAAAUGGAUCCCAAGGCUGAUAAAUUGGUGAGGAAAACAGCAAUGGUGGCUUCUGUAACUGCAGCAUAUUUUCUCUUGACUUCUGAUUAUGGAAAUCAACCCAAUAUUCUUGACCCUAUCAAGAGCAAAAUACUAUCAGCUGAAAGUACCGUGAAGGAAUUCAUCUUUGGCCCGAAGAAAGAGUCUCAAGUAAGCAAAGUUGGUGGUGAAGUAGUGACUCCUGCUGCCGAAAAGCAGCCUUGACUAAUAUCAAAUCUCACAUAGAACAGAAGAAUAAAGAAUAUAGAAGAGAAAGGUAACAUGAAAUGGAUAUCAAAGUGUUCUUUUAGCUGCUUUUACGAUUUUCAGCUGUUGGUGUUGGUGAAAGACUGAAAGUAUAAUCUAGUGUAGAAAUUUCGGAUCCGUAAACUUUGAUACCGAUAAAGUUGUGUAAAUACUAAAUGGUAUCAGUUGAUCAACUUGUUUCCUUCUUAAUUUUGACUAUUCGAAGUCCUUGUGAACCCCAAUGCAUGAGAUGUUUUCAAUAAUAUAACUCGGUGUGCAUGAUA